AUGGACGGAUGGUUGGCUUGGACCGCGUUGAGGAGGUCCCCCACUCUUCCAAUCGCCCUGUUGCUGUUGACCGGCGCCCGGCUGGCGUGGGGUGGUACCUCGGUGGCUUGUUACCCCAACCGGCCGUGUCAAGUCCCCUUCCUCACCAAGAACCCGGCCACUUUGCUGUGCCCCAACGGGCCGACCCACCCUGGCGGCGUGGCUUGGGUCUACUACAACCUCACGGAGCCCGACACCAAGGCGAUGGUCCUCGUUGGAACGGGAGAAGACACCUUGAAGGUGGAGGCGCUCCUGGAUCUCCGGGCCCGUUGCAUGUUAUCCUGGCCGCAUUUAGUCAUCAGGUCCGCCACGGUUCGGGACGCGGGCGUCUACCUCUGUAAGUCAGGAAACAGGACCCUCGCUUAUUACGAGGUGGACAUGCAGGACGCGGAAAAUGUCCACAUCUCGGGCAAAUCCGUCGGCGUGUCCUCGCUACCCAGUCGUUUCCUAGAAGUAGGAGGCCUCCACUUGGAAGUAUUCACGGUGUGGAACGCUUGGGAGGAUUGCGACCGGUGCGGGGUCCCGGCGGAGAGGAGGCGGGUGGGUUUUUGUUACGUCCGGGAAGUCCUGGGCGACCAGAGACCGGUGCCGUGCGGCCUCUGGGCUUUGGCUAAGCGGCUGCUACUUCCAGGGCGGCCUCCCGAGCUGGGACUGGAACCGUGCAUCGUUCCCUGCGUUACCUCGCCCCCAUUCGUCGCCCGCUUUAGGAAACUCGAACUGCCCGGUCGGAAAUUCGUCCCUUUGCAACAUUCCGGGGUCCUCCUGAUCGACACCUACUUGGUCAACGUCAACGGCAACGUUAGCUUCAAGUGCCCCGGCGCCUCCGUCUACACCCCCGUGUCGUGGCGGAGAAAUUCCACCGACGUUUCGCGGGCGAAUCUCUCCCGACGGCGGGGUAGUACUCAUGCGUUGGAUGAUGUGACGGGCCGAAGCAUCUACACCAUAAAAGGCGUCCAGAGAGCCGACGAGGGGGUCUACAGGUGCUACGUCUCCGAGGAACUGGCCGGCUCUUUCCACCUGAAGGUGCUGGAGCCGAACGAAAGGAGGGCGGCAGCUGGGACCAGCGCCAUGGGCUUGGUGUGGUACACCUUGGCUGCCCUCGCCUUGAUAUCUGUGCUAAUGGUUUUCCUCACAUUUCUGUACACCUACUGCGCCCAGGUGCGGCGCCACCAGGUCGUGCAUUGGUAA